UGGAAGUAUUUAUAAAUUCGUGACGUGUUUGUCAGAGAUGUCGGAGACGUCCAAUGUUAUAUCUGGGAGGUUUCGAGAUUGUGCAAUUCUCUCACAUGUUGAUCACUGGAAAGCGUUUUCUUUCGACAAACAAACCGGGGAGUGUAAGGGGUUUAUUGAAGACGUCAGUGCUGUUACAAGAUGUCCUUCGCCUGGUGGUGCGCGGUUAUAUAAACGACAGAACGCCUUACCUGUCACAGUAGAGGAUGAGGAAGAGGAAGGAGUCACUGUAAUAGGCACUGAGCAGAGUAGCGAUGGAACAUCAUCGACAGCAUUACCUAUAACAGUAGAGGAUGAGGUAGUAGAUGAGGAAGAGGAAGGAGUCACUGUAAGCGGUACUGAGCAGAGUAGCGAUGGCACAACAUCGACAGAUUGUCCAUUGCCUCCUGUCCCACCAGGCUACAGUAUAGAACACCCGUACAACGGUAACACAGAUCUAGCUAGGUACAGGUGCCAGGCUCUUACUGAUCAACCACCGGUCGACCACUGUCCACUAGUCAAGUGUGGAAGUACACCCGACACGACAACACAACCUGCUUCUUGUUCAGUGAAAGACUGGUUCAACAUCACUUCGGAACAAUACGAGGGCGGAGUUACCUGUACCAUUGGGGGUGUGACUUGUCAGAGGUGGGAUACUGACGACCCUCAUUCGAUCAGCUACUACGAAGGUCGGAGUGAUCUGGGAAACAGGUGCCAACUAGACAGCGAGGACCGCCCCUGGUGUCACACAAUUGAUCCAGACAUCAGGUUUGACUUCUGUCCAUUUGCGAACUUGAACUGUGGACACCCUCUGACUGUACCGCUUCCACCUACCAUGAUAGGAGCCAGAAUUGAAGUCGAGUGGCCAUAUAAACAGUACUAUGAGGAGUUGGCUUGGUAUCGGUGUGCGUCUUUUGUAACAACCGACCCUGUGCCCAGCUGUCCCUUGACACACUGUGACGGAGACCUCACGUGGUCUAACGUUAACGUUUCUUGCUCAGUGAAAGACUGUUAUGACGCCACCAACCUUACAUACAGCGGUCGUGUAUCCUGUACAGAGAAUGGUAUUACGUGCCAGCGAUGGGACACCGAUGAACCGCAUUCGCACCAGGACCUCAGUGGGCGCAGUGACCUUGAGAACUGGUGUCAAAUCUUCGGUGAGGAGAAACCUUGGUGUUAUACUACUAAUCCCCAUUUUCGAUGGGAAUACUGCCCAGUGGAGGAAUGUCCUUAAGGUUCGAGAGCUUGACUGAAAAUUAAUUUAGAAAGCGACCCUCACAGUAGGUGACAUUUCCUAUGUGAACAUUGCCUUUUUUUAUCAUCUCUCUUCCUUCAGGUAUGGUAUUUACAUGCUGCAGGUGAUGCGAUUCCAACUGACUUGUUCCGAUUGUCACAACUUCUAUGAAAGAUGUGGAAUGCUGACGGACAGACUAAAACACAAAGUUUUAAGUGAUGCUUGUUUCUGAAGGUGGCGUGCAAGCUUGAUGGGCAUAAUAUUGACCUUAUUAGGGAAAAUGUUUCAUUUUCUUGUUUGUAAUGUUAAUGGAAAUUUUGAUAGGUCAAAAGAUGGACGCAGGCAAAUAUCUGCAUUUAUAUCCAUAUUAAUUAUACGUUACAUACAUUAAUUCAUUAACAUUCAAUUUUAACAUAUAUGCAAAAACUUCUAAAUUUACCAAGUGAUCAUAUUUCAUAUCUAUAUUUUUCCAGUGUUCAUCUAAAUUGACCUCGAAUUUCUUAAUUGUUGUUGAGUCUAUAACUUUCUGUGGGAAACUGUUCCAGUUUGUUAUUGUCUUGAAGUUGAAACUGAAUUUUCUGAGAUCUAAAAUGUCAAUGGUUUAUCUUUACUUUUUGUGAAUGACCACGAUUUCUAGAUACAUUAUCGUGUACAAAGAGCCCAUUGUUGACUCUCUCUUCAAAUAUAUUGCUCAUAAUCUUAGAUACAUGAAUAAUGUCUCCUCGCAUCCUUCGGUAUUUUAUAGCUAGUCGUUUUAGUAUUCUGAGUUUACUUUAAGGUAAACCCUUUAAUCCUGGUAGUAAUCCUGUUGCUCUUCUUUGUAACGAUUCUAAAAGCUCAUUUUCCUUUACUUUGUGUUGAUUUCAAACACACGCCUCGUCUUUAAAACUUUGGUCUAACUAGGGCUUUAACUAGUUGGUAGAACAUAGUUUUAUUGCAAUGCAUAAAAGACCUUCUUAGACGAUGCCAUUAGCCGUGUGUACCUGUUGUUGUAUAUGACAUGCAAAAGUCAGAUUUCGGUCCACAGUUACUCAGGUUCUGUCAUCAAAUAGCUUCUUUGUUCUUUUUCUUUUAUGGAGAGAAGUUUGCACUUGUGUGGGUGGAACUGAAGUAGCCAUAUACUGGACCAUUUCUGAAGAGCAACUAAAUCAUUUUUUAGAAAAGCUUGUUCCUCCUCGGUCUUAAUUACUCUAUACACUUUAGAAUCAUCAGCGAACACUACUGAUAAAAUAAAGUGGUUUCUGGUAACUCAUUGAUAUAUAUGACAAACAGUGCCGGUCCAAUGACACUGUAUUGUGGUAUUCCGCUCAAAUCUGGAAACGCCUUUGAUGAUGUACCGUUCAUAUGACUUUUUGUGUUCUUUCAAUUAAAAAUGUUCUAUUAAUGUUGUUCUUUGUUGAGUUUUCCCUUAGCUUUAUCCACGAUCUCCAACCAAUCGUCGAAAUGUUUAGUAGUUGUAAUAUCGUUUACCUUCCACUUAUAAAACCGUUAUGUUUUUCACUAAGUGGAUCGUUUUUAUUCGUAUGAGCAACGAUUGCAUCUCUAACCAGUUUUUGUUUGUUUUACCAACUACGCUCGUAAGACUGUCCGGUCUUUAAUUUCCCGGAUCUAGUUUGGAACCCUUUUUAAACAAGUUGCGGUAAUAUUUAAUCAUCACUUAAACUUUUGUUGUAAAUCAUGCUCAACGGUUUAGAGAUGGAGUUAUACCGUUCUGUCAUCGCUUUAGGGUGCUCAUGGUCUGGUCCAGGUGAUUUAUCAGAUUUAAGGUUUACCAACAACUUUUUAACGGUUUCCUCGGUACACAUACUUUACUCAAAUGGAUGUAUUAUCAAUUUUCUUUCUAAUGCCGGUAGCACCCCUGAUGGCCUUAUAUAAUCCCAUUUACAGACAGCUCGCUGUAACACAAAAAAUCGAACAUAAAAAUCAAAUGGUCGCCGUGUCCAAGAGAACUUUGAUACUAUUCCUCGUUUGUUAUGAUGAAGUCCAGAGUACUUGGCUUACUUAGUAUUCGAUGUCUUGUAUUCGAUGUCUUGUAUUCGAUGUCUCGUAGUAUUGAUUGUACAUUUGUAUGUUGAGAUAGGUAGUUGUUCCUUAAACAUUCGAUAAACAUUUCACUGUCGUGGUCAUGGUUUGCCGAUAACAACUUCCAAUUACCUUUUGGAAGAUUUAAAUCAACCAUUUAUAGCAUGUGUGGAAAUAUUUUAUCGUUUGAUGCAGCAUUGAUCAGUUUAUACAGUUCUUCACAAUUUUCAUUGUUUGAGUUUGGACUUUUAUAGAUACAUCCAAUUAACGGACAGUCUUUGUUUCAAUCGUCAAAGAAAUCAGUUUUGAUAUAUAAACCUACGCCCCUGUGACAUUUAGCCGUGUUUUCGUUGAUAAUUGAGUCAUUUCCCGGUAUCAUCAGUUCACUUUUGUUCGGGAUGUACCUCGAAUUUUCAAGAUAUACAUACCCCUGUUUUACCAACUGCGUAAAUUUGUCAAUUUGACAUUUGAAUUCUGUAUUUCAGAUGGUCUUACUUGUUUAACAGGCCAUCAGCGUUUGUGUAAACACAUGUUAUUCAAUCGGACAUCAUUCUAUUGUUACUGACUUUAUCGGGCCUUGGUUUUAACGCAUUUAAAUUAAUGUUAUUCCCUAAUCUUCCUUUACUACAAGUCUGACUACUUUCCGGUUCCAGGGUGGUCCUCGCAUCCUUUACAACAGGGGAUAAAUCCCCUGUUGUUCUUUACUGUCCAAUUUACCUUGUCUCUGCUUUCAAUAACUUUUCAUUUUCUCGUUCCUGCUUCGUUUAAUGUUCUUAAAUAAAGUCUUCUUCGCUUCAAAGGAUUGACAUGACAUUAGUAAUUGAGUACCUUGUUUGGUAGAAUCCUUCUCAUGAUCCUCAUCAACUUUGCCCAACCUGAAAACCUUGCUUUCGCAUGUUCUGUUAGCAUGGAAAAAUAUUAAGAUGAUAAUAAUGAAGUAUCCACUUUUCUUGGUGAUGAUCUUUUGGGUUACAUACCAGUUCCUACUUUCAAUCAAGUUGUUAAACAUGAAAGAAAUAGGGUGAAGCUUUUAUCCUUUGUAAACUACCUCAUACUGAUUAUUAAAUAUAAUAUCUAUGCAUGUCGGUUCAAAUAUAUUCCACCGUCUUUCAAUGGUGGAAAAAAGUCGAAAUAUUCAACAACAGAUUAAAAUAAAAAAGAUGUUACCAUUGAAUAAAACAAUGUACAAAUUUAACCUCAAGUGGUCUGCACUUACGUUUUAAGACAAAAUUGUAUUACAAUUGCAUACCCGGGUAAACAUACAGCAACCCAUAAAUGAUAACUAAAAACUGUAAUAUGUUGGUCUUGUGUAGGUGUUAUGUUGAUAAUUAUGUUUAUUUUUUUAUGUGUAUGUGUAGACUGAAAUGACAUGGUAUGUAUUGUAAUAUAAUGGAUUGAUGUUUGCACACAUUUAUGUCUUAAUAUAAAGAAUGUUUGCAAUGUAUAUAUAUGCUGUCAGACAUACAAGGGUAUAUGUGUGUAUGUGUGU